AGACUCUACAGCUCUCACUACGCCACAAUAUAUUGUCGUUCCUACGUAGGGUCUGGAUGCCCUUAAUGAAGGGUACUGGAGGAAAUCGGCAGUGUUGUAGUUCAGAUUCUCCAACUCAAUUGGGAUCUUUGCAGUCACUAAACAUGGAUUCAAAAAUCCGACAAUCCUUCGUACCUGAUUACUCAGUUCGUGCUAUAUCAGAUGUUAUAUACAUUGCUAUUAAACGGGUUUUGUAUCUUACGGCCAAAAAGGCAACUUUAUUAGAGAAGAGUCGUAAGUCUGGGACAUUUUCAAGUGAAACAUUCGACGAUGAAGUUGAACGACUAUUGCAUUCAAUAACGGAAGAUGAAAAACCCCGAUUUGUAACAGGGUCUCAAAGCAUAAGGCGACAAUCAAAGUCAAACAGAAGCAUUACCCCCUCUCCGACAAAUUUAUCCCAUGAAGAGAAAAGUGCGCCCCACCGAAAAACAUUUAACUCUGAGCAAACCGAUAAUGCUUCAAUAAGCAGCUUAGUUGUUUCAGAUCUGACAGCUGAUCAAAAUGGAGAACAUGACGAAAGAGACACCACUGCUGCGUUGACACCACUACUGCAUAAAUUAGAAGAUGGCACAGAAAAUAAACUUUAAAAAGUUUAAGACGCUUGUUAAAGAUAUAUAAAUUUCCUGAGUUCAGUUUAGGUAGCUGUUAGCUUCCUAAAUAUCUUGUUUGAUUUCCACGAAUGUAGUUUACUGAAUUUAACAGAAUUUUUAUAUUUUCUGAGUAAUUGGCUUUUUCAUCCUUCCAAAUAUGGCUAACUUGAACUAAUGGCUAACAUAUACCCAACAAGAAAAAUAUAUUGUAAAUCAUGUAAAAAGAAACAUAUUUUACCUUUCUUUACAAAAAGUGAUUUUUCGAAAUGAGUACUUAAUAAAAUGUUUUUUUUCUUACGGCUUUAAGUUUCCAAAUCCUUUGAAAGCAUUAUAAUAACUGGUUGAAGCCGGAGCCUACCUUUUCAAAUGUAAACUUGUGAGUUUAACGUCAUCCAAAAACUUAACUAUUUACAUAAGUAAAAGCGAAUAUAAAGCUGUUGGUAUAUUUAGCUAUGAAUGAAAAAUCUUGAUGUGAAAAUUUUUGUUUUUGUAAGCUAAUUGUAGAUGAAUUGUUAGAAAAUGUCAAUUUUACAAAAAUAUGUAUUCGCCCCUGCGGAAUCAAAGGGUUCGUUAAAAAGAAAAUUAUAAAAUUAAUUUGUUAUUUGUAAACCGAGAGCUUGAGUAAAUAAUUUAAAACAUAUUUUCUUUAUCAAAAAAUCUAAAAAUGAGAGAUUUGCAUUUGUUAAAACUAAAACCAUUUAUUUUAAAAUAAAAAAAUUACUGCAUA